UAUUCGCGGAAGGUUUUCUCUUCGUUCUGUAUCCACGAAAUAUCGUUUAUUUUAACAAUUUAUAAGCGUUUAUUCAAUUUAAUCGAUAUUAUAUCCUUUUAAACUCCGUGGGAGGAUUUUCAGUGAUAAUAGGGGGUUGUUUUUUGAAUGUAAAAGACGUGACUAAAAAUAGAUCGUCCGACAUACUUGGGGAAUCGUCGAUACUUCUCAUUCAUGUAAUACAUUCAUUUUGUGUUCAGCUGUGCUGGUAUAUAGGUCGGUUGAGACUUUACAAGAAAAUUUAUCAGUGAAUGAACUGUAUCCAAACUGAAUAAAACACCUCUGUGAACGAAGACGAAGACACACCUCAAGUUUUCGAACACUAACGAAUAAAAAAAUGGCGACGACAGAGGGAGGUCUGGCCCCGGGCGGCGAUGAUAUGCCAGUGGGAGGACCCAAGACACCGCAGCAGAUCGCCGCUCAGCGCCGCCUGCAGCAAACGCAGGCCCAAGUCGAUGAGGUGGUCGAUAUUAUGAAAACAAACGUGGAGAAAGUACUGGAGCGAGAUCAGAAACUGUCCGAAUUAGAUGACAGAGCAGAUGCACUCCAGCAAGGUGCGUCACAGUUCGAGCAGCAAGCUGGUAAACUGAAAAGCAAAUUCUGGUUGCAAAACUUAAAGAUGAUGAUCAUCGCAGCUGUGAUUGGCAUCAUCAUUUUGGCUCUAAUCAUCGCCAACUUUAUGUGAACAAGUUUCGGUCUGUAAACACCAAAGGAGGAUUGAAGCUGCGUACUAUAUAACAUCGAAAGCGGUGCCGGCGUUUCGUUUAUUAAAAUAAGUGUUUAUUGAAAUAUUCCCAAUUUAUAUAUACCAAAUAUAUAACAAUAAUGUUUCGAACAUUUGAGUCUACAUAAUUUCAUUAUAUACGUAUAUUUAUUCUAAAGCAUAAAAUUAUAAUUCACGCGUCCUACUUUCGCCACUUUCAUUCACAAACUGUGAAAAAUCUAAAUAGAGUAUUUUUAGACGAUCUUUUUUGUUUAAAAAUUUACCUUAAAUAUCCUAAACACUUAGAUA